CUGGUUCUCCUCUUCGUCGUCUCUCCGUUCCCGCCGACCUUCCUCUCCUCCUCCUCUCCCGAAUUCCUCCCCCGUUCGUGUUUUCCUCUCUCCGCCCUCCUACCGCGCUGCCUCAAUGGCACCCCCCUCGCCUCGACGAUCUUCACGAGCCCGAGGCAAUACCGUCUCUCAAUCACAGCAAUCCUCAACGACUCAACCCCAAGCGCUUCGCUCUCCUCAGAGCCGCCCGAGGACCUGGAAGACGCUCUUCCCUCGCGACGUCGGACCCGCGCCCAGGAAGAGGUUCGAGACAAGAUUCGGGCCGAUCCUUACGACAUGGCUACUGGUAGCGACGACGUCCAGGAGGACGACGAGUCGGUACGCUGCGUCUGCGGCUUCGACGAAUACCCGGGGCCUCCGCCCUUUGAAGAAGACACCAAGCACGGAAAGCAUAACCCCGAGGCAGACUUUUUCGCUAGUAUCGAGCUGUCAGACGAGGUUUCUGGCUUGUUCGUUCAGUGCGAUGUGUGCAAAGUUUGGCAACACGGUGCCUGCGUCGGCAUCUUCACCGAAGAGAGUUCGCCCGACGAGUACUUUUGCGAGAAUUGUCGCAAAGAUCUACACAAAAUCCACGCCGCCAGCAAUGGGCAACGAUACUCGAAUUACCUCCCACUCAACCGUCCCUCGCGUGCAACAUCCCGAGCUGCAUCAUUGGUGAAGGACGGCACACGAUCCCCCAAGGAAACAAGCAAAAAUGUCAGGGCUUCGUCAGCCACGCAGGCACAAAAGCGGCGUUCCACAAUGAACAGCCGAGACGCAGCAUACGACGAGGACGAGCAACUGCGACGAGCUAUUGAAGCCAGCAAGGAAGAAGUAGUCACUGAACAGCCGGAGGGCAAUCGGCGACCAAAAAGAGGCCGCAGUGGCAGUGAAGAGAACCUGAUCAAUCUUAAGAGGCAACGAACAAGUUCUCCUUCAAUGUCCUCGCCGCCCCCCGAAAAGACCCAAGCGAUCGAAGACGAAUCGGAUGACGACUCGGCCACUCGCAAUGGCCAGCCGAAGAAGGCUCGCGGUGCUCGUCAUCAGCGUGAAAGAUCGGAACGUGAAGAGCGAGACCGACAACGUGCUGAAGCAGCGAAGAGUCGCAAGGGUCGUGCGGACCGCAGAAGGGCUGAGGGUAGUACAACCGCGAAUCUUCUCAAGGAGUCUGAAGCUCACGUGGGCACAGAUUCAGAUCCGUCGGAAGAACUUCCUCUAGCAUCUGCUCGACCUACUGUCAAGCCGACCGUCGAGCCGCCAGUUGCGCUUGAAGCUCCUCCAUCAUCCGCGCCGACCCCCGAUACCCCACCAGCGAACCCUGCACCUACGGGCAGUACACACAAGAAGUCCAGUCGCAACCACCAGAAGCGAGGAAAGGGCCGUAACCAGUAUACCAAGGACCGAGAUGAGCACGAGGAUACGCCCGCUCGCUCGAUGUCUAGAGACAUUGCUCGGAACCACGACGAUCACACUGGCGCUGGAGUGACUAAGCACUCUGGAGCGGACCAUACCAGGCAUGGGGCGAAAAACAAGACAAACGCUGCGCACAGCAAGGUUUCCUUGCACGACAUGAAGCGCAGGGUCACGGCAUUUCUCGAUUUUAUUUCCAAGACACAAGUCGAGCUAGCAGGGGAAGCUCUGCCAGGGUCGAGAAGCAGCCAGGAAAGCUCCCAGCAACAAAGCCCUCGCGGAACCACUGUGCCAGAGGCGCCCAAAAUCAGCGUGAACGGUACCUCGAGCACAGAGACAAAGGACUUGCCCGUAGAAAACGGAGCCGCAAGCGAAAACGGAUCCGAGACGAAGGAGUUUAAGGCUCUCAACUGUGUGGAAAUGAUGGACGUUUUGACUCGGGAUCUGCUGCGAUGGCAAAACCAAUAUGCAGCAUAA